UAAUGCCUUGGUGGACGGACGCGUUGUACUGGCUGCCACGUGGCGUCAGUUGGUCUGAUAUGUACAACAAAACUACGGAGCCCGGAUACAUGUACCCACACUAUUCUCACCUUUGGAUGACUGUUCUUACGGGAAUUUCACUUAUUAUUUAUCGCUUUGUCUUUGAAAACUAUAUCUUCGUCCCAUUGGCACACUUUCUCAGCCGCAAAAAUCCACCGGAGACCAGAAGGGGAACACUGGAUCGUGAGAAGAAAUACAGCAGAAUGGCUGAAUGCGCAAUGCGAGCUCUAUACUAUACAAUUUCCUUUGUCUGCGGGUUGUACCUUGUGCUACAUGAAUCACAUUUGUAUGAUAUCACGGAAUGUUGGAGAAACUGGCCGUUCCACCCGAUCCCCAAUGCAGUUGCCUGGUACUACUGGAUUCAAGGAGGAUUCUACAUUGCUCUCGUUUUUGGAAUUCUUUUCCUCGAUGCAAAGCGCAGUGAUUUCUGGCAAAUGCUUGUUCAUCAUUUUAUCACCCUCGCACUUAUUGGUGUUUCAUGGACGAUGAAUAUGGUUCGUGUUGGAACGCUGAUUCUUGUCAGUCACGACGCAGUUGAUAUUUUGAUUGAUGUCGGAAAGAUUCUUCGAUACGAACAAUUUGAAACUGCCUUGACGAUUUGCUUCGCCGGAGUUCUUUUUGUAUGGGUGGCCACGAGGCUUGUCUAUUAUCCAUUCUGGAUCAUCAGAUCCGUUUGGUUUGAUGCUCCAGCUCUUAUCCAAGACGACUACGAAUGGUUGAACUUUGACCAGCAACCUCAAGCCCCAAGAUUCAUCAUGCUUCUGUUAACGGCACUUCUCAUUCUUCACAUCUUCUGGGCUUACAUUCUGUUCAAGAUCGCCUACGAUACUAUUCAAGAAGGAGUUGUUGACGAUGUCCGUGAAGAUUUUGAUGAACAAUCUCUGGUCAAUCGUGAAAAAGCCAAGCAACAAAACAAAAACAAAGAUGAUUAGAUUCAACGUUUCGUUCUUAUUUAUAGUUUGUUUCUUUUGACCCCCGAGAGAUUUACAUUCCGGCAAGUACUCUACGUACGUUUUUACAGUAAACUAGUUGUCAUCUAAUCUCAAAACCAAGAUCCCUAUAUUCCACUUUAUUUUGUUUUUUUUUCGAAUUUUCAUUCCUAUUUUUAUUUCUAGAGCCUUUUGUCUUUUUACUACCUUAAAUUUUAAGUUAUCCUUUUUUCAAUUUUUUCUGUUGCUUUUAUCAUUUAUUGCCAAAUAAUUUCUUCCAUCACUCCCCCCCCCCCCUCAUCCCCAACAAAUAAGCUUGUUCCUUUUUUGCUCAGCUUCUCCUACGCAAACGAACCCUCCCCCAUUGUCAAAUCAAAAGACCGAGUAAAAACCAAAGUAUUGAAAUGCUUGGAAACUGCGUGCCACAUUAGUGUUCCGUACUUCUUGCCUUUGUUUUUUAUCAAAUCUGUUCCGUAAUAAAUGAGAACAUAUAGU